AUGGCCUCGUGUGUCCAUUCCAGUGCCGCGGAUCUGAUUCCACCAGGGUCCUCCCAAGCGGUCUAUCGCGAAGACUGUACGCAGUGCUUCGAUUCCAUUGACGAUGACGCCGGGCUAAACGUUUGUCUUCAAUGCUUCAAUGGUGGAUGUGCUGGGGAUAGAAACCAUGGCCUACUUCACUACAAGCGAUUCGGUCACCCGCUGGCGCUCAACAUCAAGAGAACACCAAAGAAAGUCCAGCGCGAUGAACCCCCACCUAAAAUCUCAAAGCUUGCCAUUGCAGCUGAGACGGACGAGGAUAGAUAUGAUGUUGCUACAUCGGUAGUGUGCUAUGCGUGCCCCGAAGACAGUGUGAACAAGACCGACGGCAAUCUUCCUGCUGUGAUCGAAGGUGUCAUGACUGCCAUGACUCAUUCAAAGAAGGAAGAGGUCAAGGCCUGGGAGCAAGAAUUUGUUCCUUGCGAGCAUACUCUUUGUCUGGUCCAGCAGGACAGCCUCAAGGCCAGCUCCACAGACUCAAACCAUUGCUCAGAUUGCGACUUGGGUGAGAACCUCUGGCUAUGCUUGGAGUGUGGAAACAAGGGCUGUGGGCGAAGUCAAUUUGGUGGAAGCCAAGGAAACUCACACGGUCUCACUCAUGCUGACGCAAAUUCACAUGCCGUUGCCGUCAAGCUUGGCUCUAUUACAGCAGAGGGCUCCGCCGAUGUCUAUUGCUACAAGUGUAACGAGGAAAGAGUGGAUCCUGAGUUGGCCACACAUCUCGCCCAUUGGGGAAUUUACUUGGCUGGGCGUGAAAAGACUGAAAAAAGCAUGAUGGAGAUGCAAGUCGAGCACAACCUCAAGUGGGAGUUCUCUAUGAAAACAGAAGAUGGCCGAGAAUUGACUCCGAUUUUUGGUCCCGAUCUAACUGGUCUGACCAAUCUUGGAAACAGCUGUUAUCUCUCUAGUGUCAUGCAGAGUAUUUUCUCGGUGACUGGGUUCCGUAACCGAUACCACCACCCCUCUGAAGAACCACCGCUGAGUGAGAAACCAGCACGAGAUCUUGAAACUCAAUUGCGAAAACUUGCAGAUGGAAUUCUCUCUGGUCGGUACUCCCGGCCUGACCCCCGCUCUGCCUCAUCGGUCGAUGCGUCUGAGGUCGCUCAUCAGAAAGGCGUGGCGCCAGCAAUGUUCAAAUACCUAAUUGGGGAGGGCCACGAGGAGUUUUCAACCAUGAGACAGCAGGACGCGUUUGAAUUCCUUCUUCAUCUCUUCAAGUCGGUGAGCCGGUCAAACCGUGCAAGCGGGCUAUAUGACCCUGUGCAGGACUUCCGCUUCCAAGUCGAGCAGCGACUUCAAUGUAUGAGCUGCAAGAAGGUGCGUUAUCGAGUGGAUGAGCAGGAAAACAUCUCAGUAGCCGUGCCCGCACGCCAGGUGGAAGCCUCGGAAGGGACAGAACCCAAAUAUGAGUCAGUGACCAUCACAGAGUGCCUCGACAUCUUUACCACACCUGAGAUUGUCGAGCUUACGUGUCCCGGCUGCGGCAGCAAAGAUGGCUUCUCCAAACGCUCGCUUUUCAAAACGAUGCCCCAUGAGUUGGUUGUCAAUGCUCGCCGAUUUAAGCUCGUUAACUGGGUUCCAACAAAGCUGGAUAUUCCCGUGUUGGUCGAUGACGAACCUUUGGAUUUCAGCACUUACCUUGCUGGGGAGCAUGAUCCGAACGAGGUGGAACUCCCAGAGGAGGAGGAAUCAACGGCAUUCGUCCCGAACGGUGGAGCCCUCGAUCAACUUGUGGCCAUGGGAUUCCCCUCCGUAAGAUGCGAGAAGGCUCUACAUGCUACUGGCAACGAGGAUGCGGAAGCCGCUAUGAACUGGCUAUUCGCUCACAUGGAAGAUGCGGACAUUGAUGAACCACUGGAUCUAAAGCAAAAACCCACUGGAUCGGGUGCCGCAGACCAAGAUCCCGUAAAAAUUGCACAGCUAGGAGACAUGGGUAUUGAGGCCCCUCGGGCCCAGCGUGCCCUGGCUGCAACCGACGGUGAUGUCAACAGAGCUGUCGACUGGGUUUUCAGUCAUCCGGACGAUGAGGAGCUACCGACUGCUGACGAUCACAACACACAGUCUGGUAGCACGGCUGGGCUUGCUGAUCUGCCAGCUCGCUACGAGUUACGGUCAAUUGUGUGCCACAAGGGCACUUCGGUCCACGCGGGACACUACGUGGCAUUGAGCCGCAAGCAGUUACCAGGUCAGAAUGGCCUCCCAUGGGUGAUGUUCAACGACGAAAAGGUUGUCAAGUUCGAAGAUACCGAAGAGAUGAAGAAGACCGCAUAUCUCUACUUCUUCACGCGGGUUUAA